ACACGAAUCGGUCCGAGUGGUGACGUCCUUUCAAAACAAUUCCCCUUCUUCUAAUCGAAGUUGUCGGCUCGUCUUGUGGCUGUGACACAUUUAACAACGGUUGCGUACGUUCGGUUUGAUUCGGAGUGUUUUCAUAGGAUAGUAAACAGAAUGUUUUGCAUAACAGCCCGAAAAUCUUCAAGAGUUUUUCAACACAUUUAUAAAAGACAUGCACAAGAAUUAAAAUUAUUAAAAGACAAUGUUUGCAGACAUAUGUCAGGUGUGGGGUCAACAAAGUUUAACUGGGAGGAUGCCUUUAAUCUUGAAGACAUGCUAACUGCAGAUGAGAUUAUGAUAAGAGAUCAAUUCAGAAAUUAUUGCGAUGAAAAACUGAUGCCAAGAAUUUUGCUUAGCAACAGAAAUGAAGUAUUUGAUAGAGAUAUUAUGUACGAGAUGGGGGAGUUGGGAAUAUUAGGAGCAACAAUAAAAGGUUAUGGGUGUGCAGGAGCAUCUUAUGUUGCGUAUGGUUUACUAGCCAGGGAAUGUGAAAGGGUGGACAGUGGUUACAGAUCCGGUAUGAGCGUUCAAUCAUCAUUAGUAAUGCACCCGAUAAAUGCAUAUGGAACAGAGGAACAAAAGGAAAAAUAUCUUCCAAAACUAGCUCAAGGAAAACUGAUCGGUUCUUUUGGACUUACUGAACCAAAUCAUGGAAGUGAUCCCGGAAGCAUGGAAACUAAGGCUAAAUAUGACAGUGGCACUGGAGCCUACAUUUUAAACGGGGCUAAAUCUUGGAUUACCAAUUCACCAAUUGCUGAUGUUUUUGUUGUGUGGGCUAAAUGUGCCAAAGAAGGGAAUGGAAAAGAAACUGUACGUGGUUUUAUUUUGGAAAGGGGAAUGAAAGGACUUUCAACACCAAAAAUUGAAGGAAAAUUCUCACUUCGGGCAUCCAUCACAGGUCAAAUUGUUAUGGAAGAUGUUGCUGUACCUGCGGAAAAUAUGUUUCCUGAUGUUGAAGGAUUAAAGGGACCUUUUGGGUGCCUAAACAGCGCGCGGUAUGGAAUUUCCUGGGGUGCACUUGGAGCUGCAGAGUUUUGCCUUCAUGCUGCACGUCAGUACACACUAGAUAGAGUCCAGUUUAAAAGACCACUUGCACAAAAUCAACUUAUCCAAAAGAAAUUUGCUGAUGCCCUCACAGAAAUAUCCAUCGGCCUGCAGUCGUGCAUUCGAGUCGGCAGGCUCAUUGAUGAAGGAAAGGCUGCCCCUGAAAUGAUUUCCCUUGUAAAGAGAAAUUCAUGUGGAAAGGCGUUGGAAAUUGUGAGAAAUAUGAGAGAUACACUUGGUGGAAAUGGCAUAUCAGAUGAAUACCAUAUUAUACGACAUGUUAUGAAUUUGGAAUCUGUAAAUACAUAUGAAGGUACUCAUGAUAUUCAUGCUUUAAUACUUGGAAAGGCCAUCACUGGAUUGCAGGCGUUUUAUUAAAAUCUUUUAUAUUUAUGUUGUUUAUGCAUUCAAAUCAAGUAUCGCAAUUCUUUUUAAAUUAUUGUGUGGUCACUGUCGGGUCAUAGAUUUCUAGAUCUUUAGCAGCAAAUAGUAUUGUUAAGGAAUUCAUUUGUGUAAAUUGUACUCGUUUGCAUAUUGCUUGUGUGUGCUUUGGAUGUAAAAGAUUUAUUAGUUGCUUCAUUUGAUGUGUUAGUUACCAACUUGCUACGAUUGGGUCUUUUAUACAACAUCAAAUGAAACAUAAAAUAGUUUCAACCAGUGCCUUACGCAUGUGAUUGUGAUACUUGUUUAGGGGGUCGACAGGAAAAAAUAAAUUGGUUUAUAGUUCGA